AUGCAUCCCCAUGAUGAAGUUGAUAGUUUAAUGUCCCUUAUUACUGAUUUUAGUGCGUGCUCUGGUCAGGUCAUUAAUAUACAAAAAUCUGGAUGCUUCUUUAGUAAGAAUUGCAAUCCAGAUUUUUUUGUUUCUCUCAUUAGGCAGCUCAACAUUGGGAAGAUUGAUCUAAAUGAAAAAUACCUUGGUAUUCCUCUUUUCAUAAGAAGAUCAAAGAGUGAAGCUUUCGGUCACCUUGCUGAUCACUUUGAUAAACGAGCUGCUAAAUGGAAAGCUUAUAGAGUCAUUUCUAGCCAGAAUAGGACUCAACUUUCUACACAACAGAGUAAAGUUUAUAAAGAUUCGUGGAAUACACCUGUUUUACCUAAAGUUCAAUUGUUUUUAUGGAAAUGCAUAAGAAAUAUUCUCCCUACUAAAUCUAGAGUUUUUAGGUUUACUACAGAACAAGAUAAUCUUUGUAUUCUUUGCGAUGACAGUAUGAUUGAAACUGCUGAACAUCUCUUACUUCAUUGUUUCUUUUCUAAAGCUAUUUGGGCUAUAAUUCCUGGCGGAAACUUAGUCCUUCAAGAUUCUAGUGUUGGUAUAGAUAUUCAUACUUGGAUAUAUAAGUGGAUUUCAUCAUGUAAAGAUAAGACUAUGCUGUGUCAAAUCCUUACAACUGCUUGGACCAUUUGGAGAGACAGGUGCUUCAAGAAUUUUCAAGGAAAAUCUCAAAAUGCUACUGCCACCGCUUCUUAUGCAAUGAAAAUUGCAGGAGAAACAAUACAAUCAGUUACCAUUACUCAUACUCCCACAAUUACCCAAGUUAUUAUACCACAACAUACUCUCAUGGUUCUGCCUUCUAAUUGUAUUAUGAUGUAUUGUGAUGCUCCAUACAUUAAUAUCUCCAAUAAAAUUGGUAUUGGCAUCUACUUGGUUGAUGAAACAGGGAACUAUGGAGGAUGCAAAACGAUUACAGGGAUAACUAGAGAUUCGGAAGAGGCCGAGAGUCUUGCAAUUCUUGUUGCUGCUGAUUGGGAAAGGAGUUUGAAUUUUGAAGCAAUAUGCAUCAACAGUGAUGCAAAAAAUCCAGUUUCUUUCUUUAAAAAUAAGAACAACCAGACUAGCUGGUUCAGUAACUCUAUCCUGGAGGAUAGCAUCUUAUUUUGA